AUGCCGCUCCUAGGCCACCCAUUCCGCGUAUUCCUGGCGACGGGGCAGACCCUCGCGCUGGCCCACGUGCUCUGGCAGUACGGGUACUCGGUGGCACCCGGUUCGGGUCCCUCGAUGCUGCCGACCUUCUUGGUCUGGAAUGAGUGGUUCGUGGCCGACCGUUCGUACCGCCGGGGCCGUGGCGUGCGCGUCGGCGACUGCGUCACCUACACCAUCCCCGUUGAGCCGCACGAGGGCGGCGUCAAGAGGGUCAUUGGCAUGCCCGGCGACUAUGUCCUGCUCAAUAGUCCCGGGUCGAAAAAUGACGAUAUGAUGCAGGUACCUCAGGGACAUUGUUACAUUGUUGGAGAUAACCUGCCGUGGUCCAGGGACAGUCGGGAUUAUGGUCCCCUGCCGUUGGCUCUCGUCCACGGAAAGGUCAUUGCAAAGAUUGAAUUCAACGGCUGGAAUCCCAUGAAUUGGUUUACAAAAGUAAAAGAUGGACUUUCGCCAGCCGAAUCACCGCACCCAUAG